ACACACACACACACACACACACACACACACACACGCUCGCUCCUGCAGUCUCUUGAUCUCCUGCACGUCCUCACGCAUCCACUCCGUCCGGAUUCAGAUCCGGUCGGUUCUCACGCUCCUGCGGCCUCAGCGCGGAUAAAAACCCGGAUUUGAAGCCGCCGCGGCUCCAGCCUGCGGACCUGAACGCUCAGCAUGGCUCAGAAAGCGGCUCUGAUCGUCUUCGCCCAUCAGAGCUCGGCUUCGUUCAACGCGGCGCUGCGGGACGCGGCGGUCCAGGAGCUGUCGGGUCAGGGCUUCCGGGUCACCGUGUCUGACCUUUACGCCAUGAACUUCAGAGCCAGCGCCACGCAGGAUGACAUCAUCGGCGACCUGAAGAACCCGGAUCACUUCCAGUACGGCGAUGAGACGAUGCGGGCCUGGACCGAGGGCCGCCUGAGCGAUGACAUCACCGCCGAGCAGCGCAAGCUGGAGGAGGCACAGCUGAUCAUCUUCCAGUUUCCUCUCUACUGGUUCAGCGUCCCGGCCGUCCUGAAGGGUUGGUUCGACCGCGUCCUCACUCAGGGGUUCGCCUUCAGCCUGCAGAAAAUCUACAGCAAGGGCGUUUUCAAGGACAAGAAGGCUCUGCUGUCGUUCACCACCGGAGCCCCAGAGUCCAUGUUUCAGCCCGACGGCAUCGACGGAGACAUAAACAUCACGCUGUGGCCGCUGCAGAACGGGAUUCUGAACUUCUGCGGGUUUCAGGUUCUGGCUCCUCAGAUCUUCUGGGAUCCGGCUCACUGUCCCGCCGCCGUCCGCGCCCAGAUGCUGGAGGGAUGGCGCGCUCGCCUGGGAGGCCUGCUGACGGAGAAACCUUUGACCUUUGCCCCCUGUGAGCUCUUUGACCUCAGUUUCCAGGGGGGGUUCAGGCUGCGGCCCGAAGUGAAGGAGGAGCAGGAGGCGCAGCCGUUCGGCCUCUCCACCGGACAUCAUCUCGGAAAGCCGCUGCCGCCAGGCGACCAGACCAGAGCGCCAUCUGCAGGUGGAAACAGGAAAUAGCAGCUCCUCUUUAACUCCAUCACUUCCUGCAGAUUUCAUGUUUUAUUUUUUAUUUUUAUGAGAUGAUUUAACCAAGACAUUUACCCAAACAAUGUAUUGAAACUUAAUCAAUUCAAACACUUUAAAGGUGCAGCGUGAAGGAUGUAGUGACAUCUAGUGACAUGCUACACCAGAUCUUCUUUUAUAUAUAUAUAUAUAUAUAUAU